CGAAGCAUUCAUUUCUCAGAUUUACCCCAUUUCUGUCUUGUCAUUCUUUAACCAUUAAUCAAAUUCAACUACCCUUACUAUAGUUUGUUCUUGAUUUUGAUUUUCUUCUUGUUUUUCUGCAUUAUCUCAACUUCUUCGUCAAUGGGUUGGAUUUGUGGAGCUCCUUGCGGUGAACGUUUUGAUUUUUCUGGAUAUAUGUCUUGUUUCAUCUCUUGAAACAUGGAGGUGAAUGCCAUUGUUGUUGCCGGGAAUUUUCUUUUUUUUUUGGCGGGUUGAUGUUUUGUUCAGCCCAUUUUGAAUCCAUUCACUUUCUUUGAUGAGUUGAAGUAAGUUUAGAAGCUACUUUGGCUGAUGGGUAUCAGUGGAUUUUCAGAACAUUGAAUCACUAUGAUGUAUUGAAGGAAGAAAAAAAAAAAGUAGUUUUUGAAUAUUAGUAUUUACUUGUUGGUUCUCUGACUCUCUGGUUUUCUGUAUUUUUUAGGGAAUCGUUUCUCUCUCAUUUCCGUUCAUUGGGUACUUUUUUCUUCUCUAAAUAGGAAAGAGUAUUUGGCUCUUUUUUUUUUCCUGAAAUUAAUUAGCCAAGUCGAUAGGAAAUGAGUUUUUCUUCCUCUACACAUGUGUAUUGAUAGAAACAGUUAACAUUUCUAGCUUCCUGUAUUAGUAUUGCAAUGGAAAGGAAUCCUCACUACCGUGGUUUUAUUUCGCGGUCAUCUCUGUUUUGUAUGUUUGGAUUCACUUCCAUCAUCUUCAUCUUCUCUUGGUUCUCUGUCUUGCGUUCCACAAGCCGCCCUCACUCUGUUGACCUUAGCAUCUUACCCAAUUCCAAGCUCUUUGCAGUGGUUGAAAAUGGAAACUCUCAACCCCAGUAUCAGGAAAAUAUUCAAUCUUCAAUCCCCAACAUGUCAGUCUCUGUGGAUUAUGAGGAGGAAGUACCCCAAGUUAAAAAACUGAUUAAAUGCAAUCCAAUUAAGGUAGUUCUCAAGGUUUUCAUGUAUGAAUUACCUCCUGAAUUCCACUUUGGCCUAUUGGAUUGGAAACCUGAAGGGGAUAGUGUAUGGCCAGAUCUUAAAACCAAAAUACCUGAUUAUCCAGGAGGUUUGAACUUGCAACACAGCAUAGAAUAUUGGCUGACUUUAGAUCUCCUCUCAUCAACAUUUCCUGACUCAGUGGGUGCUCGUAGUGUUGUGAGAGUGCACAACUCAAGUGAGGCAGAUGUCAUAUUUGUCCCAUUCUUUUCCUCGUUGAGCUAUAACAGAUUUUCCAGGCUUCAGCCACAUGAAAAGAAGAAUAGGAACCAAUUGUUACAAGAGAAACUGGUGAAGUUUUUAACAGCUCAAGAGGAAUGGAGGAGAUCAGGGGGACGUGACCAUGUAAUCUUGGCCCAUCAUCCAAAUAGCAUGAUAUAUGCAAGGAUGAAGCUGUGGCCUGCAAUGUUCAUACUUGCAGAUUUUGGGAGGUACCCUCCUACCAUAGCUAAUGUUGAAAAGGAUGUGAUUGCACCUUAUAAACACAUUAUCAAAACUUUUGUUAAUGAUUCGUCUGGCUUUGAUGAUCGUCCAACUUUGCUGUAUUUCCAAGGAGCCAUAUACAGGAAAGAUGGUGGGAUUGUUCGACAAGAACUGUUUUAUCUUUUGAAGGAUGAAAAAGAUGUGCACUUCUCAUUUGGGAGCGUUGGUAAGGACGGAAUCAAUAAAGCUAGCCAAGGGAUGCACUCAUCAAAGUUCUGCCUCAACAUCGCUGGUGAUACCCCAUCAUCAAAUCGCUUGUUUGAUGCCAUUGCUAGCCACUGUGUCCCUGUCAUUAUCAGUGAUGAAAUUGAGCUCCCUUACGAGGAUGUCCUUGACUACUCUGAGUUCUGCAUCUUUGUACGCACAUCAGAUGCCGUGAAAAAGAAUUUUCUCAUCAAGUUGAUCAAGAGUAUCAAGAAGGAAGAAUGGACCAGGAGGUGGAAGAAGCUCAAAGAGAUCGAAAAGUUCUUUGAGUUCCAGUACCCUUCUCAGGAGGAGGAUGCUGUACAAAUGAUCUGGCAGGCAGUUGCCCGUAAAGUGCCUUCAGUUAGAUUAAAGCUACACAAGUCCAAACGAUUCUCUCAUAAAGGCAGCAAGAGGAAGAGGGCUAUCAUAGCAAUUCCAAGGAAUUUUGGUGGGAGAUGAAUUAAUCCAAAUGGAUGUCAAAGUUCCUUUCCCCAGCUGUGCCACUCUUUUCUUGAUUAUAUUGUUGUUGCAAAUCAUGUAAAUUUGCUGCUAUGGCUCCAUUUGUUUCCAUGUAAAAAGGUGGAAAAGGAAAAUUUUCUUGUUUAACAGAA